AUGGAUUCAAGCGAGAUACAAUACCUCUUCAAAGAGACCCGCUUGAACCUCGAGCCUCCUGCGCCCGCGUCGGUCGUGAGCGUACGGGUGCCUUCAAAAAGCAGCAACGGCCGCAACUCACGACGCAUCACCCACGACGCAUCCACCGAGGAUGAGACGACGUUUCGACUGAAAAACCUUGCCGUCGCUUCAUCAAUCUAUCACCGAAAGUGGCACGACACACCCCGCAGCUUCCUCUGGCGAGUUCUGGAGGACGGAACAGUACUCAGCAUCCGCGCCGUCGACGUUUGCAAAAAGGAAAAGACCCCCGAUGCGCCUCUAGUGCUAAACUUCAACUUUGGUGUGCCGAUUCAAAACGGGUGCGUGGCGUUUUCCGACCCCGAGGAGCAUGAUGCGCUGUGUGUAUACGUGCUGGACCAGUCUUCGCAACUGUACACAUUUACGCUGCGGCCCGAAUUCUUCAGAAAGAGGACCGCUAUUGAUGCUGUCUUGUCCGAACUCUGCAAGGUUCAGUCGCCAGCUGGACUGAGCUUCAAGAGCCCGCAUCGAUUGGUGGCUGUGACGGCGAAUACCCUGCUGGCGACUGUGAGCGACGGCGGCUUGAUCCGCUUCGACAAGACGCGGCAUGAUGAUUCAUCAUCUGGCGUAUGGAAAGAGUCCUUCUUCAACGUGCAGGGCUGGGCACAAAACCUCCGCAGCUUGUUGCCGUUCCAGGGCAAGCACACAAUCAAGUAUGGAAAAGUCAACAUGGAAUACAGCGCCGCUACGUCUGUCGAGGUGACAAACUUUGGUCUCGAAGACUGUCUGUUUGCCAUUACAGUAUGCCUGGACCAUCGACUUCGAAUCUGGAAUGUCAAUGACGGCCAGAUUCUCUUCACCGGCGACUUGUUGGAUGUGGAACGAAGCCCCCAGGACGUUGGAAAGUGGUCCAUCGAUCCAUCGCAGUCAAAUCUGGUCCAACUUGUUGGCAAAAGCCGCGGUCACCGCAUUUGCGCCACGUAUUCCCCCAUUGGCUUAGGUGAGUUCAAGUUUUGGAAGGUGAUUGCCAAGGAUGCACACAAUGUCAUUGUCGAGGAUCUGUUUCCAAAGGCCACCCUGAUACCAUCCACACCGUCGUCGUCUGACAUUUGGACAUUGGCCGACUUUGUCCUUGCGUCUCCCACCGAGGGAUCCAUCAGCCUGUGGACGCUAUGGAAGAACAACAUGACGUACAGGGUCAAGCGACUAGAGCUGGACAGAAAGAACAUGGUGCAGUCGUGGGAGGAAAAUUGGGAUGGCGUGCAUCCCGACUCGGCUACUAUACCAGUGCAAACGUCUGGUCCUUGCGAUGCCACCGACGUGACCGAGAAGUGGCUUCAGUGCAUUCUGCAGCCAGGGCGAUUCACAAAGGCGACACUCGAAACGGCCCUGUCAAUCUAUGAGCGCGGCCUGGGAGCGUCAAAGGAUGGCGGUAGCGGCGGCAGCAACAGCAUCACCAAGGGUCGCGGCCUUGCCGAGUCCAUAUGCUCGGUGUUGGGUGCGACGGCUUCGCUCGAACGUGGACCCUCGGGAGCCAUGGAUUACGAGCAAUUCAGAGCGUCCAGUGAAACCCAAUGGCGAAGAUUUUACAGAUUGCUCGCUGAGCUUGACCGACAACGUGGAGAGGCCAUCGGCUUGGCCCACGAGCCCGAGACGGACGUGGCGUGGGUAGUAUGCACCGAUCUCGUCUCGGCCAUCCGCCAGUGCGGCGACUUGGAGCGACUCUAUCACAACCUGGGCUCCCCCGACGAAGAAAGCGGUCCCAAGGCAGCCCUGGUCAACGCUGCGCUGUCCUUUGUCGACUGCUUCUCAGAUAAUUACGUCCAGCUGGCACAAGCUGCAUUGAGACAAGAAAUCUUUGACGAAUCCUCCAAAACCGACUUGGAGCGCAUUCAAUACUUUUCAGACAAGGCGGGGUUCUGGAGAGGCAUCACAGAUGAGGACUGUGCACAGGUUGUCGAUGUGCUUGGUGCCAACUUCGCCCUAGUCACCGACGACUUGUACGCUCACGUUUUGGAUCUGAUGGCGGCUCCCGUGGAAGCUAGACGGCGGCAUCUGCGGCAUCCCCUGACAGAAUUUGGACAGAAGCUCGUCACAAAGGGCGUCCAGGACGAUAUUGCGCUCCAAUGGAGUGUCUGCUUUAGCCAGCUCAUCCUCCUGGUCCACAUGGAGUUUGAAUUCGACAGCGAGGAGGAGGCCCUGCACCACCGCGUCGACAUUGGGCCAGUCUAUCGGAAACUCGUUGCGGCGCUCAAGAGGCUGGAACUCUUGAAGUGGCUGGCGCACACCGAAUUGUCAAUCCCCCUGGCACAUGUCGACCGGGCGUUACAAUCCAGGAAGAACAGUGACGACCACACCCAAACAGUGACAGCGUUGGAGGCCAACCUCGGACACCUCCUCGGCUUUGAUAACCUCGCAAAGGAGCCGCUUUCCAGCAGCCUGACGGACCUCAUAACCAACCUCUGUGCACCAGACAGCGACAUCGAAGUCUCCCCUGCCCUGAUUCAGUGCGCCCUCGUCAAGCAGGACCGGGCCGACUUGGCGCUGGAGCUUGUUCCUUUUAGUGAUCAAAACCCCUUUUCCGUCUACGUGCUCGGUCGAGUUCAAUUAGCGCUCAACGAUUUUGAAUCGGCAGCAAUUAGUUUCAAAAGGGCAGCCAUUGGGAUGGGCACCGAAACCGUCCCCGUCGAUAGACACAGCUGCGGACUCUUGGGAGAGACGGAGUGGAAUCUGCUCAACAGCGGCCAAGCCAUGUAUUAUUCUCACAUUGUUGCGUUGUACGAAUCACAAAAGGCGUACUCGUACGUGGUCGACUUUGCCCGACUCGCCAUGCAGUUUCUGGGCAUCGUUAAGGACAGCGCGUCCAUCAAGGUUGAAAUGCUCAGUCGUCUGUUCAACGCUGCCCUGGCCACAUCGCAAUUUGAACUCGCCCACACAAGCCUCCUCUCCAUCAAAGAUGACGCGUUGAAGCAUUCUUGCCUGCGGAAGCUGGUGGACAAGAUGUGCGAGACUUACCACAACAUUGAACUAGUGUCGCUACCGUUCCCCGGCAUGCAGCAAGACGUCGACGAUAUGCUGGACUUCCGAUGCAGGAACGCAACCGAUGUUGUACAGGGAUUCCCCUAUCAUCAAGUGCUGUACUCGUGGCGGAUCAAACGCAACAAUUACCGUGGCGCCGCAUCGGUUCUGCUCGACCGUAUUCAAAAGCUGAAGCUUGCCGGCGAGGGGGACAAGAUUACCGGAGACGAUGUCUUGGACACGCCAGUAACGCGCCAGUACCUGCUUCUCAUCAAUGCUCUUAGCUGCGUGGACGCCAAACAGGCUUGGAUCUUCGACGAAGGAGCGCCGGCUCUGCACCAGAAUGGAGACGGCGGCAGUAAGCGAAAGGUGGUUUCUUUGGCGGACAUUCGCAAACAAUACCAAGACGAAUUAGACAGGAUUGCGGCGAUUCAGAAUAACCAAUUUGGUUUCGAGGCGGGCGAUGUAAUGGAAUUGUGA